UGCUGUUAGUGCCUUUGUUUAUACGUUAGUGCUUUUGUUGUUUUAUACAGAAGCCAUUAGCUGAUAUGACGGCUGCGCAGAAAAAGAUGGUGGGGAAAAUGUUUCGUCUCGUCGUCGCGGUUGCCGUCGUCGCACAGGUCGCCGUGUCAGCGUCUGAAGCUCCUCAAACCAAGCGCCUGAUUGGCCGAGCCUUCUUCGCCGUAGCAGAACCUAACGAUGGCGCGGGGCAGGCGUCCCAGUCACCGAAUGCGCACGCAGUUCAAGACAUGAUCGCUGCUGCAACAGGUCACCACAGAAGUCACCACGCUGAAGGGCACAAGGGGAAGAAAGGUGGUGACAAGAAGCACAAGUCAGGGUAUGUGAAGGGGCACGACUACAAGGACAAGAAAGGCUACCAUCAAGACGACCAUUUCGACAAACACUCGUUCGGCAACUACGCUAAAGGCCAUCACUCGAAACACAAAGAAGGUGGAGGUAAAGGUUAUAAAGGAUCAGAACACAAACAAAAACAUAAAGGUGGUUUCAAAAAAGGAGACGAAGGUGCCAAAGGGAAGAAGGUUGGCCACAAGGGAAAGUUCCACAAAGGACAUCAUGACAAGGGCUUCAAAAAUACCGAGGACCACGACGCUCACGGCCACAAACACGACGAUAGCCAUAAAAUGAUUAAAAACAAAUACGGGAGCUCAUACGAAGAAGAGGAAGGAUACUACAAGAAAGGCAAAGGAAAGAAGCACGAGGGGGGAAAAUUUGCAGGAGGCAAGACAUGGGACCACAAAGGAGGAGAUUCAUUCAGCAUCAAAGGAAAAUAUCACGAAGAUUACUCCGAUAUUAAAGGCAAGUUCGGCUAUGACGGCGAAGAGCAUCACGCCCAUAAGAAAGGGGCUAAAGGCGGUCACAAGAAAGGCAAGAGCCACAAAAAAGGAGAUGACCAUAAAGGACAUCACAGUCAUUACGCUCCCGUUAAAACAUCUAUUUCCGAAUCCAGUUCCGUUAAUCGACAAGGUAUCGCUUACGACGGUUCUUUUUUAAGCCCCAAAACUGCACAUUCUUCUCAUGAAGUAAUAAAAAAAGUUCCAGAGGGAGCUCAUUCUACUUCAGAACAUAAUAUCCAACCCAGGCAAUAUCAAACUGAUCCUCGCCGCCCCCCUCACUCUAAACGCCCACCUUUGUACCGUAACGAACAGCAUCCUCAUCAGCAACAAUCCCACCAACAUCCUAGAGAGCAAACGUACAAUGGUAGGCCCCUCCAUCCACAUCAGAGACCCACGGGUUAUUCGAAUUCUCAUUACCGUGAACCAAGUCAGGGAGACGUAAUUAUUCAUGGAUCAUCACCAAAUGAAGCGCAUAAAAAUCAAGACUAUCGAGUGUCACCGCCUCAAAUUCUUCCCAAGCAAAAUCAAAAUCUUCCUCAGAAUCAAUUUCUAAAUCCAAACGGAGGCAAUACUCAUCAUAACCCUCAUCGUAACCCUCAUCGUAACCCUCAUCAUAACCCUCCUCAUCUAAGAAAUCCCCAUAUUAAACUUCAUCAUCAUUCUGUAUCACCCAAUGUUCAGCCAUUCGGAAACCCCAAACAACGACCUCAUCCAAAUGCCAUCCCGGGAGGCCAGAAGCCCAGAUUUAGGCAGAAGCCAAACCACCAUGGCCAAGGGCCUCCUCGCAGUCCAACCAAAGACAAUAAAUCUACUCACAGCAUUCACAGUGUUCCACUGCAUGCACCUCACGGUUCAUCCGGUUCUGCCUUACGAACUCAUUCCCAGAGUAUUCCCCGACCGCAACAUUCACAACAUCAUCCUCAACAAAACUCAAAUCAUUUCAGUCAACCUGAAGUUCAUGUAACUGAAAACGGAGAACCACAAAGUGAAGAUGUCCCUCACGAGCAGGAAUAUCCCCCACAACGAGGUUUUAGACGUCGUCGGCCUAGAAAGUACAAGAAACCUGUUUACGGGAAUGAAGUGCAAGACGAAGAUUUGCGAGAACAAAAUCCAGAUAACCAUGGCCUCCUCCAAGGUACACAUUCUGACCAUCAAAACGUGGAAUCCGAAAGCCCGCAGCCGAAUGGCUACCAUCCACGUGGAAAGGUUUCCACCAAGUUUGAAGAACAGCGAGACAGUAAAAGAGAAAAUCAAGUAAGAGAUAACCAUGCUCCUUAUGACGAAUCCAAACGCUCGAGACCUAAUAGAUACAGAAAUAAAAGACCUAACGGCUCACCACGCAAACGAAGACCACCCCCGCCACCUCCCCAAGAAAACCAAGAAGAAUAUUCUGACCAAAAAUACGAGCCUCACCAGAGCGCAGAAGGACACGACGAAAGUGCUAGAGAUCCGGACGACGAAAGUCACGACGAACCACCCACUCGUGAAGGGUCGUACGCCCACUCUACUCAAAAUGAAGAGCCCCCGGAAGAACAGAAUACGAGCUACCACCAUGAAAUUGAGGACCCUGAAGACGAAAGUGAAGUGCAGAGACCCCUUCGGCAUCAAUCGCAAAAAUCAUACCGACGAGAUCGACCACGACUCCAAGAAUCAGAGACUCAGGAAGCAGAAGAAGAAGAGGAAGAAGAAGAAUCUCCCACCCAAGAAAGAGACACAGAGCAAUCAGAACACAUACGGCAGCAAGGAGAAGACCAGCCAUCGAAAAAUGUUAAAUCAAAACCUAACAAACAUCCAAGUGGCGGAGCACCUAAAAAACAGCUAACAGGAUUUUAUUACCCAAAUUUAGGUCAUCCAGUUGGUUUUAACAACUUCGCCGUUGGCGCAUCGAACGCACCAGUAGCUGGUGCUCAGCAGAAACUCGAACCUUCUGCAACAGGUUAUAGUCUCGGGCAUACUCCUUUCACCUUCGACAGUUUUGGAGAUUUCGGAAAAUUUUUAGGAUAAUUAAUUCAUUGACAUUCUUGUAGAGAUUAGAAAUACACGCAUACUUUUGAGUUCCCAGGCAUCUUUCCGGUUUUUCGAUUCGUACCAAAAAUAAAUGGUUCAUAACAUUAGUCAUUUGUUUGGCAUAAUAUAAAAUACCACUAGGUACGAAAAACAGCGAGACAGUGAAAGAGAAAAUCGAGUAAGAGAUAACCAUGCUACUUAAGUGAAUGACUAACAUUAAACUACGACAUUAUUGCAACCAAAGCAAUGAUCUCGACAGAUGUUUUUCAUGUGUUUCACCAUACUCAGCGACUAUUUUGAAUCUCCAUCUGCUUCAAAAUACUUUAUUUCAGUUGAUGUUCAUCAGAAUUGGAUAUUUCUUGCAAUAUUUUUACUAUUAAAAUGGCCUCCAAUCGACAGUGUUUCUGAAAUGAUAAAAAGAAAGCAAUGAAAUGCAUUCUUGAAAUAAUGAAGUGUUCCGGUCACAGUUUUUUUUAAAGUGUGUAGUUUAUAUAUUGCAUUAGAGUUUGUUAUGUAUUUUUGUGUAUUAUUAAUAUCUUAAUUAUUUUAUAUAUAGCAUCAAUAAAAGUCAUAGAGUGAU